GCCCUGGCCCUGGCCCUGGCCCUGCUGGCUCCCCACGCCAUGGCACCAGGGAAGGACUCGCUGCUGAACGUCUGCAUGGAUGCCAAACACCACAAACGCGAGCCUGGCCCCGAGGGGAAGCUCUAUGAGCAGUGCUCCCCCUGGAAGGACAAUGCCUGCUGCACAGCCAACACCACUUCAGAGGCCCACAAGGACCAGUCCCUGCUCUACAACUUCAACUGGAAGCACUGUGGGGUGAUGCCACCCAAAUGCAAGCGCCACUUCAUCCAGGACACCUGCUUGUACGAGUGCUCACCCAACCUGGGGCCCUGGAUCCAGCAGGUUGACAGCAGCUGGCGGCGGGAGAGGAUCCUGCACGUGCCCCUGUGCAGGGAGGACUGCGAGGAGUGGUGGGAGGACUGCAAGGAUGCCCGCACCUGCAAAGAGAACUGGCACAAGGGCUGGAACUGGGCCACAGGAACGAACCGCUGUCCCUGGGGCUUCAUGUGCAGAGCCUUCAGGGAGGUGUUCCCCCGGCCCAAGGACCUGUGUGAGAAGAUCUGGUCCGGCUCCUUCAGGUACAGCCCCGAGCGCCGCGGCAGCGGCCGCUGCGUCCAGAUGUGGUUCGACCCUGCCCAGGGCAACCCCAACGCGGCCGUGGCACGGUUCUAUGCUGAGAGAAAGGGGAGCCCCCCUGCUCCCGAGAGAGACCGGGCUGUGCGAGCCCUGCCCUGCUCUGCCCUGCUCCUGCUGCCCCUGGCGCUGCUCCUGGGGGCUCUGGGGUCCGUGGGAUCCAUGGAUUAG